AACUCCUAAAAAUUAAUAAAAACUAUAAAAUCAUUCAGAAACAAAAAUAGAACAAAAAUAACACGACCACAGUCUCAAACAUAAAUGUAAACAAAUGCACAAAACACAUUUUUUACAUAGUUCUGCUUUUUGCCCAGGAGGUACGUGAACGCAACGCGACUCCAUGGCAACUACUGAAUCGACAACAAUGGAGGACAAGAUGAAAGAAAACACUAAGAAGGUCACAGAAGAACAUAAAACGCUUCUUGUCAAACAUCAGAAGGAUUUAAGGGAUCCUAAUGUAGCCCUCCUGGCUGAGAAUCACGUGUUUGAAUGCUUUAUCAAACGCCUGGAUCCCAAGGAAUUUCAGGGGGAUGGUGGAGAAGGUCAACAAGCAGCUGGACACUCCCAACUGGACUGUGUGAAUGUUGACAGGAGGCAAAAGCCCCGCUACAUCUCAUCAGACUGCGACCAGCUGCUGACCUUGGAGCAAAAAAUCUUCUUAAUACAGAGAGAAAUAACAGAUACACGGAAAGAUCACGAAGAGCUUAAACAGAAAUAUGAGAAAAUCCAGGACAACUACAAGGCCGCUGUGAAAGAAGCAGAAUUGCGUUUAGCUGAGAUUCGAAAGUCUAAGAAGGAGUUUGAACACAGGUUAAUGAAAUCUAUGAAGGAUGGCCUACUGGAAAUGAAGGAGCCAGAGAAGGUGCUGCAGUACACUGAAGACAGGUCAAAGAUUGUUCAGUUGGAGAGGUUUAAUCUAAAAAAUCAAGCACUGAAGGUCCAGGAAAAAACUCUUCUGCAGAAACUCCUUCAGAAAAACGAAAUGGAAAAGGCAGAAUAUCAGGUGUAUUUCCUCGAGUAUGAUGAACCCAGAUUUGACAGAAGCCUCGAUGAACACCGAUGCAACUAUAGUAAGGUACAGCAUGUCCUCAGCGUGCACAAGGAGAAGCUGCAGAGUGUGAUGCUGGUGUCUGCAGAGUUGAGCAAUGACAUCUCGAAAAGAAAACUAAUGCUUGCAAAAAUUGAACAGGAAAUACAUCAUGCUGAAAAGGAGCGAUUAAAGGUUGAGGACAAGAACAGGCUCCUUCGUGAGCAGCUCGCGCAUCACCAGGCUCCUGGUAUCACGGAGUAUGUGUGUGCCAAGGACAAACACAAGAAACUGCAGCAGAGCAUCCACAAGUGGGAGACAAAGGUUGGGGUUGCUGAGAUGGCCUUGAAGACUCACAGAAGGAAGUGGAGCCAACAGAGAGCCAUUUCUUCUCCUGAAAGCAGAAUCAAGUUUGGAAUAACUAGCUCUGGUGAUUGUCAAAGUCCAGUGAAACUCCCCCACAUAGCAGAAACAAACACUUAGAAGUCAAGAAUCAGAACAGGUUUCUGAUCGUUUGGAGCCUAUAUUCUAAUACCAGCUAAUUUAAAAAUAAUUAACUAUUUCUUACUCUUUCAAAGCUUAUUUAACCAUAUUUGAUCAUUGGGAUCUUAGAUUUUGCAUGUGGGAGUAAUGUAGCCUGGCAAGCUAUCAUUUACAUGUAAAUACCUGCAGAGCAAAAUCUUUUUGCUGUUGCUACAAUCAGUCUAGAUUUCUAGGCAAGGAGUAAUAUUUAGUCAAUGUUAUUUUAUUCGUUUAAGUUUUUUCCCCUAACAAUUACUGUGUUUCUAAAAUAUUUUGCUGUUGUGGUAUUAAAGGGGCCAUAUCAUGGAAAAUUCACCUUUUCAAGCUUUUCACCUUGUGAUAAUAUUUCAUCAUGAAAAAAAUAAAACAAACCCAUUUUUGGCCGCA